AUCCACGCGCAUUAUCCCUUCCCCCUUUUCCUAUAUAUAUUCCUUCUUCUCCUCUCCCCCUUCUUCGCUCUCUCUGUUUUCCUAUUCCUCUGUUUUCAAUCAUGGCUUCCUCUUUCCACUGCCUCAUUUUCGAUUUAGAUGAUACUCUGUACCCAUUCAACACUGGAAUUGCUACCGCUUGCAAGAAAAACAUUGAAGAUUUUCUGAUUGAGAAAUGUGGAUUCCCAAAAACCCAAGCUCCCAUUCUUCGAACAGAGCUUUUUAAAACAUACGGCAGUACUCUGGCUGGUUUGCGAGCAUUGGGAUAUGACAUCAAAGCCGAUGAUUACCAUGGUUUCGUGCACGGGAGGUUGCCGUACGAUAGGAUCAAACAAGAUUUUCAACUCCGGCGCCUUUUACUCUCCAUUCCUCAAAGAAAAAUCAUAUUUACGAAUUCCGACAUGAUCCAUGCAACGAAAGCGCUCAGUCGACUUGGGUUAGAGGGUUGUUUCGAGAAGAUCAUAUGUUUCGAGACGAUGAACCCAAAUCUUCCAAAGGCGACUCGACCGAACGAGUUUCCGAUCCUUUUGAAGCCAUCGAUGGACGCCAUGAGAAUCGCACUUGAUGUCGCCGAUGUUGACCCUCGUCAUACGUUGUUUCUUGACGACAACAUCCGCAACAUUGCUGCCGGAAAAUCCCUCGGCCUUCGUACUGUUUUGGUGGGGAAGACGGUGAAGAGUAAGGAGGCGGAUUACGUGGUGGAGAGUGUGCAUAAUUUAGUACAAGUUAUACCGGAGAUAUGGAUGAAUACAGCAGAUUCCGACGGUGAUGAUGAAAUGAUGAAUCGGAGCCGAAACGAGGUUGAUUCCAUUCAUAUGACAGCAGCAGCAGCUGUUGGUGCUUAAAUUAUUUUGAUGGAAUCUCUUUUUUGUACAUAAGUUGGUCUGUUUGAUCAAAUGUAUAAACCCCUAGUUAAGUAGGGUGUUAAUGAAUGUACAAAAUGGCAUAUAUUAAAUAAAGUAUAUGAAAAUGUUACUUUUGAUCAA